CAUUGACAUAAUUGGAUACAACAAAACGACCUUGGGUUCAUUGAGAAAAAAGAAUAUUUAAGCCGCUUGAAACGUUAAUAAAUGACUUAACCCAUCUUUCUCGCAUUUUUUACUACAAUUUUUUUUUUUUCGUUAUUUUCAUUUUUUUUUUUUUAUAUACACUCAUAUAUACAUAAAAUAUAUACAUUUUUUUUUUUAAUAAACGACAUGGCUCUUAAAAGAAUUACCAAAGAAUUAUACGAAUUACAACAUGACCCACCGUCAUCUUGUAGUGCUGGCCCCGUUAGAGAUGACCUUUUUCAUUGGCAAGCGACAAUUCCAGGACCAUCUGAAUCCCCAUACUCUGGUGGUUUAUUCUCUCUUGAUAUUCAUUUUCCCACGGAUUAUCCGUUCAAACCACCGAAGGUAACCUUUACAACAAGAAUCUAUCAUCCAAAUAUUAAUAAAGAUGGAAAUAUAUGUCUAGAUAUUCUAAAAGAACAAUGGACGCCGGCGUUUACUAUUUCAAAAGUUCUCUUGUCAAUUUCAUCACUCUUCACGGAUCCAAAUCCAGAUGAUCCACUUGUACCAGAAAUUGCUCAUUUAUACAAAAAUGAUCGUAAAAGUUAUGACAAAACGGCUCGGGAAUGGACUAGUAAAUAUGCUACUGGAAAUUAACUGGUUAUAUAACCUUUUUUGAUUUUUUUUACAUCAGGAAGGAAAUUCUUUGUUUUUUAAUAUAUAUAUAUAUAUAAAUAGAUUUAUCUAUAUUUUUUUUUCUUUUCAUUUGUUUUGUAAUUCUCAAAUAAAUUAAUUCGAACAAUAGAAAUUUUGUAAUUAAAAAGAUAAUAAAGUCAACCCUUUUUUUUAAAAAUCUUCAAAUUUGUCCAAUCUAUGAAUUUCAUUUUUCCUUUUUUUUUAAUAAUUUCAUUUACAACUUUGCGCUAAAAUUAGGAUGAAUUUUGAAAUUAAUACUGUUUCCUCAUUCCAUCUAGAGUGUUGUGAGAAAAGUGGUGCCAAAAUUGAAACGAUUUUAUGAUCCAAGAAGGUACGCUGUUAGCUUUUCUAUGGACGUUCCUUUUUUUUUUAGGGAUAAAAUUUUGAAAAAA